UGUAUUAGUUUAGCUUAUUUAGGCUGUCCGCAAAACGUGACGGAGAAUAUCGUUUUUACAUAUGUUACACCCAAAGCUUGCAAGGGGUGAGUGGGAAGGCUGGAGUCGCGAACAACCCCGCUAAUUCUACCAGACACUCGGACACUGGAACAAACACUAUUUCACCGUUCAUUCACGAUUUCCGUACAUUACAACAUUUUGUUUCAUGCCUCGUGCUUGCGCAACGAGUAUUACAGUUGUUCGGCCCACAACAACGAUAACAACAAGAUUUCAGUUCAAUGCGCACCGUCCCUCUUGGCGCAGCUGCUGUCGUUGUUGCUCAUCGAUAGCAUCGCGAGUCAGGUCACUUUGAACGCUCUGAGCGCUAUCGCGCCCAACUAGCGAACUAAGGUAGAGAAGACUUCGAAGACCAGUGUGAUUCUGUAUUGUUCAAAUUGCGGGUGUCGUCUGCGGCCGAUGGUGGCGCUCGCUUUGUAUGCGCAUGAGUGUGUGUGUGUGUGAUGUGACGUCGGCAACUACGAGGAGGCCCCGAUCGCCCGAUCGGUGUCGGCCUUUCAUCAUUCUGCCCCUUUUGGCGGACCGCCCAUCCUCGCGGUCGUUGGCAGGGCCGAAUGCGUUCAUACUUGUUCUCACUUGGGGAACGACAUUUUGGUGCGUUUGGUUUGAUGGUGUACUGUGAGAGUAGAGAGUAGCAGUCAGUCGAGUGUUCUCAGUGUCUCUGAAAUUGUGUCGAGCCAUGGACUAGUGGAGUAUGAGGCCACCCAUGUUAGACCAAGUGAGCUGCGUCGGAACCCGCGAGAGUGGCGCACAGCUUUCUGAGCUGGCCACCCAGGCCGCUACGGCCGACGUCCGCCGCUAGCGGCUGAGGGACGACAGUAGCAGCAGCAGCAGCAGCAUAAUAAGCGAACAGUGCUGCUGGUCUCGGUGGAGUUAGCAGGAACCAGGCAGCAGGAGUGAGUGUGUGUGUGUGGUCUGUAAGGCAGUGGGCAAAGCAGUCGUCAAUUCACUCAGAAGUAAGUCAGUGAACCAGUCAGGCGGCGACCAGCAGCCUAGAGUAAAACCUGCAGCAGCAGCAGGCUGGUAGGCUGAGAGACUGAAACAAGCAAGAAGACAAACCGCAAACAUAACAGCCGUACCGACGAAUCUAGCAAACUAAUCAACAUUAUCAGAUCAGAUCGGCAGCAGGAGCGCUUUACCGGAGCGAGAUAUAGACGGGCGGACGAACACACAGACAGGCAAAGACAGUAACUGCAAUUGAACUGCAACCGGACAGUGGCAGCAGCGGCAGUAGUAACUGCAAUAACCGCUGCGGCAGGGGCAAUAGCAGCUUUAAAAACUCGAACAAGAAGAAGAAGAAGCGGCCGCCAGUCUUGCUCUCUGCAACUGCCUACCACUGCUGCUGCUACUACGACUACUACGGGUCCUGCUGCCGAUUGACCAACAAAUGGAGAACGCACUCUGCUAGGCCAGCAGCCGACUGACGAUAGGUAGAUAGGCCGUUUUUUUGAUUGGUCGUUUGUUCGUUCGCUCAUAACAGAGCAGCAGCAGCCGCCGCUGCUGCAGUAUCAGCAGUGUAUAGCAGAGGCAGUUUCAGUGCUUUGCUGUGGUGAGUGGCCAAAGAAGAAAAACAAGAAGAGCUACGGGGGCAACACGACGACCAACUGCUACAACAGGAGUGUAGGCAUACUGUGACCGCAGAAGCAGCAGCAACAGGGGCAUUGCCAAUCGAGUCUUAGUAGCAGCAGCAGCAGCAGCUAUAAAGAGUUCGAAUCGCAGGUACGGCAACUGCUGUGCGUUUAUACAACUGCUUAUACUCCAACUGCUAGAAGGACCCCAUCAGUGUUCCUAUCACCCGUAGCAGUCGCAGAAGUUGCCGCAGAGCGAGUGCAGUGUGGAGUAAUUCGCGUGGUUGUUGUAGUCGUCAACGACGAUCACUGUCGUAAUCGUCCAAGCAGCAGCGACAACCUAGCGAGCAGAGCAGGCCAAAAGCCAGGGAUAGCAGAACCAGGAGCAGCUAGCCAACCUCCGCAGGUAGGAUUGAAUAGGACAGGGCAGGAUAACCAGCAACAGCGGAAGCAACAAGAGGAGUUCUCCUUUUUCGUUAGUGGUAGUGUCAGUUCGUGGUAAUGCUGAAUUAGUGUUGGUACCGUUCGUGUUUUUCGUAAAGUGACGGUGUUGGUUUUCGCGCCGCUCGCGCUGGGGAUAAUCGUAUAGUGAUGGCUGUAUGACAGUGGUGCUUACAAGAAUUCCGUAUAAUCUUUACGCAUAAGAGCUAUACGACGGCUGAAGUAUAGCGACAGCACAUAGCACAGCAUAGAGUACGGGCUUGUGUGAAUGAGUGAUGGUUUGAUUGAGUGAUUGAUCUGUCUAUAUCUACCUCUAUUCGCCAUCGCCUUUACUGGCUGAGACAAAAAUCUGACGAUUGAUUAUGCGAUUACUUGUACUGGCUAUUACGCCCUGUUUACUUCGGUGCAUAGCAGUACAUAAAAAUACCAACAACAACAACAACAGGGCAGUGGAGGUAGCAGCGCCAGGUAGCCACUAAAAGACCCUCAACCGAAAAGCGAAUACAGCGGAACGUGCAAUCUCGACGCGCGGUGACGAAGAGGGUGUCAGCGAUAAUUGCCAUUGCCGCUGCCCAACCAAUCAAACGAAAUAAGUCGGAUAUUAGUAGUCGAUAUAGGCACUUAACGGAAAGGAAUUAGAUCGGUUAGACAAGGUCUACCGCCGAAACGUGCAAAAGCAGCGGCUCCAGCUGGUGCCGUAUACUCUUUUCGCAGGACAACGUCUUAAGUAUUGACGAUGAUUAAUGAGUAUUCCAGAGUGAAGUAACAGCUUACGCGAGAUUUACUGCUGCUACUACUACUAAUACUAUUAGCACUACCACGACAGGAUCAAGGAGCCGGAGCGGCCUUUAGUCGAAAGGAGAUCAGGACCACUGUAGUGGGCGAUCUCUGCCGAUUCCGCGCCCACUUGGCCGCCUUCGCUACAGGGGAUUGCGUUCGUGCGCUUGCUUGCAGCCGAACGAAAGCAGGUGCAGGUGGACGGUGGUUAGAAGGCGAUCCAUAUCCAACGGCGAAACCACAACUGCUCCAGGCAACCCCAACGAAGUCACGGAUCGGCAGCCGAUUUACGCUUCUAAAUCGGUACGAUCGUUCUUCACUAGGUACAGAUUACACACGAUCAGGGUGCUGAUACUCGUUGAGGGCAACCUAAGAAAGGCAGCGAGCCAACAAGUCAAGAGUUCUGGCCUAAGAAAAUUCAUUUUUGUCGGCCAUGGACGGAGCAACAACCGUUUCCCAACCCUUGUCGAAGGACGGGAAGUUCACGUCUGUCCAGGCUUUUCGCGCAUCAGAGGAUCGGUCCGUGGAUGUCACAUAUACAGACACAAAGGUCAUCGGAAAUGGAUCUUUCGGAGUUGUGUACCAAGCUCGUAUGGUUGACACGGGAGAACUUGUUGCUAUCAAGAAGGUGUUGCAAGAUAAGCGGUUUAAAAACCGAGAGCUACAAAUUAUGCGCAAGCUCGACCACUGCAAUAUUGUGCGGCUCAAGUAUUACUUCUUUUCUGCCGGCGAUCGCAAGGAUGAGUUAUACCUCAAUCUUGUUCUUGAGUUCAUCCCCGAAACGGUGUAUAGAGUGGCAAGACAGUACUCGAAAUCGAAGCAGACGAUGCCGAUAGCAUACAUUCGUUUAUACAUGUAUCAGCUGUUCCGUAGUCUCGCCUAUAUCCACUCGCAAGGCAUUUGCCAUCGCGACAUCAAGCCGCAGAACUUGCUGCUAGAUCCGGAAAGCGGCGUUCUCAAAUUGUGCGAUUUUGGCUCAGCGAAACACCUCGUUAAGGGAGAGCCCAAUGUUAGCUAUAUCUGUUCUCGUUACUACCGCGCGCCGGAGCUGAUUUUUGGCGCAACGGACUACACCACCAUGAUCGAUGUCUGGUCAGCAGGUUGUGUUCUAGCAGAACUCCUUCUUGGCCAACCUAUAUUUCCGGGAGAUUCGGGUGUAGAUCAGCUCGUGGAGAUCAUCAAGGUUUUAGGAACUCCAAGUAAGGAGCAGAUCCGUGAAAUGAAUAAGAACUACACCGAGUUCAAGUUUCCCCAAAUUAAGGCACAUCCGUGGGCAAAGGUGUUCCGCUCACGUACGCCUCCUGAUGCAAUCGAGCUUGUAUCUCGCCUGUUAGAGUACACGCCGUCUGCUCGGGUAACGCCGUUAGAGGCAUGCGCCCAUCGUUUUUUCGACGAGCUCCGCCAGCCUGGCGUAAAGUUACCUAAUCAUCGGGAUCUGCCACCCCUGUUCAACUUCACGGUUCAUGAGCUUCAAAUUCAACCUCAGCUCAACUCGAUUCUAUUGCCAACGCACGCGGGAGCGGCAGGUAGUGCCGGGGGGUCCCCAUCCGCUGAUACGCCGCCAGGUCCUCAGGCGUCGUCGUCUGCUCCGCAAGCACCGGCAACAGCGGCAGCCAAGGCUCCCACACAACGGCAGGCCAGCGCCAAUGAUUAGGAUGGUGUUGAGCUACAUCUUGAGUAUAAGAAGUCACUAUUCGAGUAAGAAUUAUCGAUGAAUUUAAAUGGUAAUGCGGAUGAAGCAUGAACAGACUCCCCCCGGGACCCCGCUCGCACGUUGGCUCUGAGCCAAGCCACUCGCCCGCUGAAAUCAUCGAUUUUUAUCGUCGUCCGUCAUCAUCCCGAGGUUAUCGGAGUUUGUCGAUGACGGCACUGCUGCUAAUGACGUGGUUGCCUGUUUUCUCUGUGUAUAAAGAAUAAUAAACAAACAAGCAAGCAAGUAAACAAUAAUGAAAGAAGCAACAGCAGACGAAUAGCUGAUGAUACAAAGAAUAAAUACAAAACGAAUAACUGAGUAACUAAUGCGACAAAUACUAACUUGGAGGCCUUCAAUGAUAUCCAUAUUGAUAUCUGGUCAUCACCAGCGGAGGCUGACCGUGAUUGACAUGAACUGACAAGCUCAUGGCGAUACGGUGGUGACUUGAUUAAUCAUAAUAAUGGUAAUUAUGGUGAUGAUGUAAUAGCGGGGCAUGGCGGCAUGCGUAGUGGUUUAUUUGCGAUGGGACGAUAUUGGGAUGAAAAAUAGAAUAUGAUAAUGACGAAGAUUCUAACGAUAACGAAAAGGUGAAGAUGAUGCGAUAAUGAAAAUGGUGAUGAUGAUGAUGAUGCUGAUGAUACAAUGGCGUGAAUGUGUGGAUGAACAAAUGGACAAACACAAUCGAACACGAAGACAGACUCAUACACAAAGACACAACGGACAUUGACCACAAAACGAGAAGCGAGAGCUCGUGUGAGUUGAGAAGUACAUGGGGAAGAACGCGCGGGAUGGGGGGGAGUAAAUUUAAAUCUUGUUGCAGCGAGGACGACCUAAAUGAAGCUGAAAUAGAUGUACUGUGGAAUAGGUUAAGUUGGUCAUGUGAUGAGCUGAAUGAGUAAGAUGAACGAAAAGGCGAAAGGACAGGAGAAAUAGAAAGACUUUUCGUGUGUCGCUGGCUGGAGGAAACGAACCGGCCAUCCCCGGUACUGCCGGGUUAUUAAUGGUAAGAUUUUGUUUGCCUUGUUAAUAACCGAAAAAAUGAGAUGGUGUGUAAUACACCCAUUGGUGGAUGGAUUAUGGACGAGCGAUUGUAACGACGCGAAGGAAAACGGAAGAAUUGGAAAAAAUUGUUCAAAAACAGACACAGAAAAGGGAGCAGAAAAAUGAGAUGCCUUCGACUGCGAUACGGAAGUAGUAGAUAGGGAAGGAAUAAAUGGAGUUGGCGAUAGUUUGCUAGGCUGGGACAAUAUAUGUAUCAGAACGACAAAGAAAAUAAUAAUUAUUAUAAUCUAUAUUGAAGAAAGUAAACGACGAACGAAAAACGGGAAAAAAUAGCCUGGUACUGCUGACCCUACAGAAAACACAGGUGUAUAUAUAUAUAUAUAUAUAUAUAUAUAUAAUGUACGUAACGCGUACAAAAAGAACAGCGAGUAAGCAAGGGAGGGAACGUGACCGCAUUGAGUUGACAAAUGGAAUAAGGAAGAUAGAACGAUACUAUUAUUAUAUUGAUGUGAAAGCAACAACAGCCGAAAACAAAAAAUUGUCAUGUGUUAAAGCUAAGACUAAAGCGACGUCGUCGUGACGUUUGUCAUGUGAAAUAGAAUUAUAUUCCUAACAAUAAUAUUAAUAAUGAUAGUGAACACGGAUUGAACGCGCUUUGGUUAAAGUCACAAGCAAUAGUAACGAGAAAGGCAACAUUAAUUAGCAUAGAUCAACAAGAAAAAAAUUAAAUUGAUGAUCAUGAAUUAAUGAACAGCGCUAGUGUGUUUGCUAGAUGUUGAGAUAAUAGGUGAAUAGGAACUAUAGAGACGGCCAUCAAGAAAUGUAAUAAGAUUAGUUUGUGUGUAUAUAUAUAUAUAUAUAUAUAUAUAUAUAUAUAUAUAUAUAGAGCAAAGGAAAAGUUAGGUCUGAAAAUUUACUUGCCAUUAGUAGCAAAAAAAAUAAGAGUAAAUAAAACACGCGUAAAACAAUACAUUGAUUUCUGUAAAAGCAAAAAAUAACCAGAAAAUUAGGUAUAAAGUCUUUGGUGAAACAGCCGAGCCACGAAAAUGAGGGCAAUAUUCGAGGGCCUAAAGUUGUGUCAACUAUUAUUCAUGUUAGCUCUUCACAUAUAUAACAGGCCGAUGGUUAGCUUCACGAUUGUAAAUUGAGAUCGAUGGAAAUGAAACAUAAAAACAAUUAUGACACGAGGCGUAAUAGUAGUGGGAUGUUUAAAACUUAGAUAGCAACGAAAAUGUAUUGACCUUCAUAAGCUGUUAGUAGUAAAAGGACAUUAUUAAUUAACUCCGGGUGGGCAAAAAGUGCGAGUCUGUGAAGUUUACGAUGAAUAGCAGAAUAGGCAGAGGAAUAAGCGAUAUAUAAAAAAAAAUAGAAAAAGAACGCAAGCGAGAUGAAGAGCGUAAGUUAUACUUAUCUAACACGUGUACAUAACAUAGGUCUUAUAAGGCCCACCUGACCUUUCUGUAGAACCUGUCCUAGCAGCUCACACAUUAGUUCCCGUAGCCAAUA